UGGGCACCGAGACCCGGGCCGGGCGGGGCCGUGGUUGGGGUGGCGGCGGGAGGAGCUGGGGCAGCUUGGGAGCCGGAGAAGGAGGAGCUGCACGCGCGGGAGCCUAGUCCGAGCGGCGCGGGCUGCGGGCAGGCGGGAUGCCGGCGGCGGCGGGAGAUGGGCUCCUGGGCGAGCCGGCGGCGCCGGGUAGUGGCGGCGGCGCGGAGGAGGCGGCCAGGCCGGCGGCGGCCUGUGAGGGAAGUUUCCUGCCGGCCUGGGUGAGCGGCGUGCCCCGCGAGCGGCUCCGCGACUUCCAGCACCACAAACGCGUGGGCAACUACCUCAUCGGCAGCAGGAAGCUGGGCGAGGGCUCCUUCGCCAAGGUGCGCGAGGGGCUGCACGUGCUGACCGGAGAGAAGGUGGCCAUAAAAGUCAUCGAUAAGAAGAGAGCUAAAAAGGACACUUAUGUCACCAAAAAUCUGCGGCGAGAGGGGCAGAUCCAGCAGAUGAUUCGCCACCCCAACAUCACGCAGCUCCUUGAUAUCUUAGAGACAGAAAACAGCUACUACCUGGUCAUGGAGCUGUGCCCAGGCGGCAACCUGAUGCACAAGAUCUACGAGAAGAAGCGGCUGGAGGAGUCCGAGGCCCGCAGAUACAUCCGGCAGCUCAUCUCUGCAGUGGAACACCUGCACCGCGCUGGGGUGGUCCACAGAGACUUGAAGAUAGAAAAUUUGCUUCUAGAUGAAGACAAUAAUAUCAAGCUGAUUGACUUUGGCUUGAGCAACUGCGCGGGGAUCCUGGGCUACUCCGAUCCGUUCAGCACGCAGUGUGGCAGCCCCGCCUACGCCGCACCAGAACUGCUGGCCAGGAAGAAAUACGGCCCCAAAAUCGACGUCUGGUCCAUAGGUGUGAACAUGUACGCCAUGUUGACGGGGACCCUGCCUUUCACGGUGGAGCCGUUCAGCCUGAGGGCUUUGUACCAGAAGAUGGUGGACAAGGAGAUGAACCCCCUCCCCACCCAGCUCUCCACAGGAGCCAUCAAUUUCCUGCGCUCUCUCCUGGAACCAGACCCCGUGAAGAGGCCAAAUAUUCAGCAAGCACUGGCGAAUCGCUGGCUCAAUGAGAAUUACACAGGCAAAGUGCCCUGCAACGUCACCUACCCCAACAGGAUUUCUCUGGAGGACCUGAGCCCCAGCGUGGUGCUGCACAUGACGGAGAAGCUGGGCUACAAGAACAGUGACGUGAUCAACACGGUGCUGUCCAACCGUGCCUGCCACAUCCUCGCCAUCUACUUCCUCUUAAACAAGAAACUCGAGCGCUAUUUGUCAGGGAAGUCCGACGUCCAGGACAGUGUGUGCUACAAGACCCAGCUCUACCAGAUAGAGAAGUGCAGGGGCCCCAAGGAGCCGUAUGAGGCCUCCCUGGACACCUGGACAAGAGACCUUGAAUUGCAUACUGUGCAGGACAAAAAGCCCAAAGAACAAGAAAAACGAGGGGAUCUUCUUCACCGGCCAUUUGCCAAGAAGAUGGACAAGAACCCGCCCUCGUACAGACAGCCUUCCGCCUCGCUCGUCACGCAGAUCCAGAACACCAAGGCACUGCUCAAGGACCGCAAGGCUUCCAAGUCUGGCUUCCCCGACAAAGAUUCCUUCGGCUGUCGAAACAUUUUCCGCAAAACCACUGAUUCCAAUUGUGUGGCUUCUUCCUCCAUGGAGUUCAUCCCCAUCCCACCCCCCAGAACCCCCAGGAUUUUAAAGAAGCCGGAGCCCCAUCAGCAAGGGCCUGGGAGCGCCAGCAUCCCGCCAAAGGAAGAUCCCCUGAUGCUGGACAUGGUGCGCUCCUUCGAGUCUGUGGACCAUGACGACCACAUAGAACUGCUGUCCCCUUCCCAUCACUAUAGGAUUCUGAACUCACCUGUGAGCCUGGCUCGCAGGAAUUCCAGUGAGAGGACUCUGUCCCCAGGGCUGCUGUCUGCAAGCACGUCACCUCUGCAGACUCCUUUGCAUCACACUCUGGUCUCCUUUGCUCAUGAAGAUAAGAACAGCCCACCCAAGGAGGAGGGCGUGUAUUCCCCACCUCCAGUUCCCAGCAACGGUCACACUCAGCCUCUGGGGAGCCCCAACUGUGUGAAGAGCCGGGGCAGGUUCCCCAUGAUGGGCAUUGGACAGAUGCUGAGGAAGCGGCACCAGAGCCUGCAGCCUUGUGCAGAGAGGCCCCUGGAGGCCAGCAUGCCCCCGCUGCAGCCCACAGCCCCCGCAAGUCUUUCUUUUGACAUGGCUGACGGGGUCAAGGGCCAGUGUUAA